UACAUAAUAUACAGUAACCCAAAGCCGGCUUCUUCUUCGUCUUCUUCUUCUAUUUUGCUUCAAAAAUUUCUCUUUUACUUUCAAAUAUUUUUUAUUAAACCCUUUCAUAAUUUUUAAUUACGUUCAUUGAAUCCUUUAUUUUUCAAUGAUUUGAUCGUUUAAAGGCAUAGAAUCGAGGGUGCCCAAAAUUUUUGUAACUUUUUAUUUUGAAUUUUUGUAAAAAAAAAAAGUAUUGGGUAUGCCAAGUUAACAGUAAAUCUGAUAUAAUUUUUAGGAAUUUUAAGGAAAUUUGAUUUCUGGGUUCGUUUUGAAAUUUUCUUUUAAGGGAUGGGUUGUUUUCCUUGUUUCGAUUCGAAGGAAGAAGAGAAGUUAAAUACUGUAAAUGAAAGCAAUGAUCCAAAGCAAGCCCAACCUACUGUUUCCUCUAAUAUUUCCAGCUUGUCAUCAGGAGGGGACCGGCUUAGAUCGAGGAGUAAUGGAGGGUCCAAAAGGGAACUACCAUGUCCCAGGGAUGGUCCUGGUGUCCAAAUUGCUGCCCAUAUUUUUAGUUUUCGCGAGCUUGCGGCUGCCACGAAGAAUUUCAGGCCGGAGUCUUUCUUAGGUGAAGGUGGAUUCGGACAUGUUUACAAAGGGCAGCUCGAGAGUACUGGUCAGGUAGUUGCGGUCAAACAGUUGGACAGAAAUGGUCUCCAGGGUAACAGGGAAUUUCUUGUCGAGGUCCUCAUGCUAAGCCUUCUUCAUCAUCCUAAUCUCGUUAAUCUGAUCGGUUAUUGUGCCGAUGGGGAUCAACGGCUUCUUGUAUAUGAAUUCAUGCCAUUGGGAUCCUUGGAAGAUCAUCUUCAUGAUCUUCCACCUGGUAAGGAACCGUUGGACUGGAACACGAGAAUGAAGAUAGCAGCCGGUGCAGCCAAGGGUUUGGAGUACCUCCAUGAUAAAGCAAACCCUCCUGUUAUUUACAGGGACUUCAAGUCCUCCAACAUAUUACUGGAAGAAGGAUUUCACCCGAAGUUAUCCGAUUUUGGGCUCGCGAAACUUGGUCCCGUUGGAGAUAAAUCGCAUGUUUCCACCAGGGUUAUGGGCACGUAUGGUUAUUGUGCUCCUGAGUAUGCCAUGACUGGUCAAUUGACGGUGAAAUCUGAUGUUUAUAGUUUCGGGGUUGUCUUCUUAGAGUUAAUUACCGGUAGGAAAGCUAUCGAUAGCACUCGACCCCAUGGGGAACAGAAUCUCAUAACAUGGGCACGUCCAUUGUUCACUAACCGUCGCAAAUUGUCGAAAUUGGCGGAUCCAUUAUUGCAAGGACGGUUUCCAAUGCGAGGUCUCUACCAAGCUCUAGCUGUGGCAUCUAUGUGCAUUCAAGAGGAGGCCGCCGCACGUCCUCAUAUCGGAGAUGUGGUCACUGCUCUCUCGUAUCUGGCAAACCAAGCAUAUGAUCCUAAUGCAUCAGGGCAUGGCCAUAGUGGCUCUGGAGAAACCGAUGAAAAAAGAUAUCGAGACGACAGAGGAGGAAGGGUAUCAAAGAACGACGAAGGAGGAGUAUCAGGCUGUAGGUGGGAUUUAGAAGGGUCCGAGAAAGAUGACUCCCCUAAAGAAACGGCCAGGAUGUUGAACAGGGAUUUGGAUAGGGAACGAGCCGUAGCUGAAGCGAAGAUGUGGGGCGAGAAUUGGCGGGAAAAAAGACGACAAAGCGCACAAGGUAGUUCCGAUGGUUCAAAUGGCUAACGUCCCGAUAUUAUUUCAUCAGUGUUUUUCCAGUUUUUUCACUCAAACCGGAUGAAAAAAAAAAAAAAACACAUUUCCAAGCUCUCUUCUGCUCGUUCUAACCGAAAAGCUCAGCCCGAUUGGCCUCGGAAGGGAAGACAAAAUGCAAGGACUUUGAUGCUGACUUGUUCUUAACCCCCCAUUCAGGUUCCUUUCUCUUUUCUUCACUUUAAAAUCCUUUAGUGAAUGAUGGUGAUGAUGAUGUGUACAUUAUCAUGUUGGUGAUAAAAAUUUUGAUAGUAAAAAAAGACAGCAUGGGUCAAAUUCUAUCCUUUUGCUCUUUGUAAACUGUAAGGUCCCUCUCUGUACGGAACUUUUCUGUUUUGUCACUUACUGUAAUAUUAUUAUAUGAUUAUUAUGAUUAUGAUGUCAA